AUGACCACUAUCGCUGUGGUUACUAUAGAUUGUCUGCAAAGGCUCAAGUGUCUGGUACUAUCGGGUAACUUGCAGAUGUAUGAUAGUGAAGUUCGACAAGCACGGUGGAAGGAUGAGCUUGGACGCCUGCGUGUGUGGGCUGCCAAUAUCGGUGCUCACCAGAAAGGCAACUUAUCACUUGACAAUCGACUUCGUGAUGCAUCGCACAUAGCGGAUCAGACACUCAGAGUUCUCCUGAGACUGCAAAGAACUUUGGGUGACCUGAAUGAUAUUACAAAUGACCCUGUUACACCCGAUGACUUUUCUGAAUCAGAUGAGGAGUAUACAGACACAGAGUUACAGAUGUUGUAUAAAGCCCUUUGCGACACAAUCAAUAACUUGUUCCAAAUCUCGGCGGCAAUACGAAGGCCGGCACAUCACGAUCGGCUCUCGGGAACCAAGAGCUUGGACACCAUGGGCUUUGAGCCCUUCGAUAAGCAACACACCGUGAAUAAAUAUCCAAAUGCAGAUUCGGUGAUCCAAAAUCGUCUGGGACUGGCGAUUUCACACCGUCGAGCUAUACUCCGCUAUCGUGAACGACACUCAAGAAAGCUUGGCCAAGGUCUCAAUGAACUGCUGGAUGAUAACUCAGAAACGCAGUCAACCCGGCUAUCAGAAACAGUCGUUACUGAAUUAAUCCAGUCAGCUAGUGCAAAGAGACAUGAUAGUUCGUCGUUGAUUUCACAAACAUCAUACGCCCAAACUCUUGUACAAGGUGAACGGGGAAUUGCAAUUCCACCGCCUCCACUAGAGCUGGCCGAAGGGGGUCCAGUUGAAUGCCCUUAUUGUUACAGGAUAAUAAAUGAUACCAGCGAAGAAGGCUGGGCUCGUCACGUUUUUGUCGAUAUCUUGCCUUAUAUAUGCGUCUUUCGUGAUUGCACGACACCCCAUCGUCUAUACGAAAGUCGUGGGGAAUGGUACUGUCAUUUGCAAAGGGAGCAUGCUAUCGAAAGUGACCCAAAUAAUAGCAUAUGCUGUCAUCUGUGCUCGACCUCUGUCCCAUCGGGAAAACAAUUUGAGAAACAUCUAGGCCGUCAUUUGGAGGAGUUGGCUCUAUUUGCGUUACCACGACCUGAUCCGCAGAACGGCGACUCACGCCCAUACGACUUUCAUACAGAGAAUAAACUGCCAGGAGACGGAAUGGAUUCAAGUGAGCCAAAUGGUGUUUACUGCGAUAAUCAUUCGGCGCGGGAUAAUCAGAGUUUUGAGGUGACAUCUCAAACUCCGGAGGUCUCUGACUCGGUGAACGUCCCCGCGUCACAAGAACUCCCUCCGUCUGGUCCUAUAAAUGAAGCACAAAGCGUUGGGGGCGAUGAUGCAGCAUAUACACAACAUAACCGGUACCAGAACCUAGAGAUAAGAUGGGCCCAAAUCCUCCAAUAUGCAACCAGAGUGUAUUAUAUGCCAGCAUGCACAGGAGGCCCUGCAGGAGGUACUUAA